GUCUCUUUAUUAUUUCUGACAAGUACACGCAUAUCUAUAGUUAUCUCAAAAUGUUUAAUUAAAAAAAAUCCUCUAGAAGGUUUCAAUUACAGGUUUUUCUGUUUUACAGAUACCCUGAAAGUUGGAGUGAUUCAAUGACCUCUAAAGUUCUUCCAGCUCUGAAGAAGGUGGUUCAGAAACACUUCGUUGUGUCUGAGUUGAAAUCUACUCCCCAGUAUUGGUGGACGCGUUGGGAGCAGCUUCUGCCAGGACCCUGUUGCGCCUCCAGCCGCUCCUGUCAGCAGUGCUGCUGAGGCCAUUUGCAGCACACAGCUCACACGUGAGUGUGUGAGCAAACACACACCAGAGGGAGCCCGGGAGAGGGAGCCGCUUCCUGAGCAGCUCCUGCAUUUUCCCUGAGAAUGGACCCUGGAGACCCCGAGGAAAGGUCUGCUGCCGCUGACCCCGCCGCUGACACCACUGGUGGCCGGGACCUGCACCUGUUCCUGCAGACCUUGCAGACGCUGUGGUCCACUCGGGAGCUGCGACAGCUCCGGGAGGAAGCCUGGAAGGGGUUCGCCACCCUGAAUGACCCGCUCGCCACUCUCCUGGACAUGCUGGACGCCAGCCGGGGCUGCGGGGGGCGGGGCCCCUCACUGGAAGCAUGGGUGGCCCGCGAGCUAGAGCGCUGGCUGCAGGCACAGCCGCGCCCAGGGCCCGCCCAGGGCGACCCAGCACUGAAGCCACUGCAGGUCCGUGCAGUCCGGCUCCUCACUGAGGGCCCCCUCAGCCUAGUGGAGCCGCUGGUCAGCAUCUUCCAGCUGCAGGAUGCAGACCGGAGCGCUGUGCUGGCUCACAUUCACCGGCUGCACCAGGAGGGCAAGUUCAGAGAGGCCAUCGUGCUGGGCACGAAGCUGCAGCUGCAGGCAGAUCUCGACGUGGAGAAGGUGUGUGUGCCCCUGCUCCUGCAGGACAAGGUGGACCUCGUAGAGCGCUACGUGGACAGCCUGCCCCACCUCCAGCGGAGACUGCUGACCCUCAUGGACUCCUGGUGCCAGCCCGGCUUUGACAUCAGGGCCGUCGCCAGGCAGUACCCGCAGGCGCCCCUGCGGCUGGAGAGGCUGAGCCCCAGGGCCCUGGGUCGGCAGGUGCUGCGGCUGCUGGAGCAGUUCAGCCUGGACCCCGCCCUGUGUCCCAGCGUGCUCACCCAGCAGCGCCUGGCUGCCCUGCGGUACCUGUGCUACAAGCGGCUGGUGGAGAGAAGCAUGUCCCAGGAGAGCUGGGCUGAGCUGGUGCAGGGCCUGGUGGGGCAGGAUGAGUGGCUGCGGGAGCAGCUGCUACAGUUGCUGGCCUCUCAGGACGACGUGGCCACGGUCGCCCAGUGUGCCCUGGACCUCUUGUUGCCUGAGGAGCGACUCCCAGCCACAGUAGUGGCAGAAAUGAGCCAACUCAGGCUCCAGGAGAGGACGGCCAAGGCGCCCUCAGAGCACAGGCGAGAUGACUGCUACCAGCUGCCCAUCCCCAGGGAGGACAUCCACUUCCUGGCCUCCUGGGAGGACCUGGCCAGGCAUGAGGACGUGCUCCUGCAGCCGGGCCAGGUGGUCGGUGUGGACCUGGAGUGGAGACCGUCUUUCGGUGUGGGCGGCCGGCCCCGGGUGUCACUCAUGCAGGUGGCUGUGGCGGGCCGUGUGUUCCUGCUGGACCUGCCCCGGCUCUCGAGUCCCACAGGAGGGCAGGCGCCCCGGGCCUUCUCCCAGCUGGUGUCCCGGCUGCUCUCAGACCCCUCCAUCACCAAGCUGGGUUAUGGGAUGGCGGGAGACCUGCGGAGCCUGGGUGCAUCCUACCCAGCCCUGGCGCAGGCCGUGCAGAAGCUACAGGGCGGCCUGGACCUGCUGCAGGCACACAGACAGAUGCAGGUGGCGGACAGGCCAGCCCCAGCUGUGGACAGGGCCGCAGGGCCGCGAGGGCUUAGCCUCCUGGUGCAGCAGGUGCUGGGCAAGCCCCUGGACAAGACGCAGCAGCUCUCCAACUGGGACCGGCGGCCGCUGGGCGAGGAGCAGCUGGCCUAUGCAGCUGCGGAUGCCUACUGCCUGCUGGAGGUGUACUGGGCGCUGUGCAGAGAGCCUGCCCGCUUCCACCUGCCGGGGGCCCUGCCCUGGAGCCUGGGGCUGGGACGAAGCAAGAGACGCGGAACUUGGGAGCCGCCCCCACAGAAGGCCUCGGCCUCCCCCCGGCAAAAUGUGGCUGUGGGCUUCCCUGUGGAGGUCCUGCAGGAGAGCCCGCGGGGCUGGCCGUCUUGGCAGCAGGCAGGCACGUCUCGCAGCACUUUCGCUCACUUUUCUCCAAGUAUCGAUGCAGGGGAGGCAGUGAUGGGGGAGUGGGCUGGGGGUGGGGGGAGGGGAAGGGGGUGGCUGGCCCUGGGAGUGGGCCUGCAGCCUCACCUGCUGAUUUCUCCUCCUGCGCAGGUUGCCAGGCAGGAGGGGAGGGUCAUCCUGACCUCAGGGCUGCCAUACCACAAGCUCCGGGCCCAGGUUGGGGCUGGGCGCUGCCUGGCAGUGGACUGCUCCCUCAAGGCCCAGCAGCAGGCAAAGGCCGUCAUCAGGCAUUUCAACGUGCGUGUCACCCCCGCGGACAUCUUCAGCCGCUGCCAGGCCUGCAACUGUGACCAGUACCUGAGGGUCUCCAAGGACGUGAUGAAGCAGCUGGUGCAGCUCAGCGUCCACCCAGGAGGCUCCGGUGGUGCCGGCAGUGAGGCCCCCCACAGCGAUGGUGAGCAGGAGACAGGUGAGCCCUGGGGCCACCCACCAGGGACACAAGGAGCCCCGGCAUCUGGAACCCCAGGAUGGGGGAGAGGGAAUGGCCCUGUGCUCCAUGGGGAAGGCAGUGCCAGGGAAGGCCAGGAAGAAAGAGGCCAGUCCCCUGUGACCCACAGGGUCCCUGGCUCAGCCCUGGAGGAGGCCCCCGAGGGCUGCACCUACGACCCCCCUUGCCGUUGGCUGGAGGACACAGACCUGCAGACCCGCGUGCCGGCCACGCUGGCCAACGGCACCCAGCUGCAGCUGGCGGGCGUCCCAGCGGGCGUGCUGCGGCGGCCCGGGCUGCAGCAUUUCUACUGCUGCACCGGCUGCGGCAAAGUCUUCUGGGAAGGCUCCCACCUGGCCCGAGUCACCAGCAACUUCCAAGAGGUCCUGGAGGGCGCCCCCUGCCCGGCCGGCGGCCCCUCCUGAGAGAGGGUCCCAGGCUGCCUGGGGUAGAGGUGCAGAAGCCGCACAGGUGGCGGCUGUGGCUCCUUCCUCCGG